CGCCGUUCCAUGUUUGGGUGCGGUCGUCUCCAUCUGCCUGGCAACGUCAUUGACUGCCUGGUGAAACAGAGUCAGAUUGUAAACACGUCUCCACGAGGCUGCAUAAAUUGACUUACGAUCGGGCCGACGAAGUUGCUGUCGCCAACCUAUACACCAUCCAAUCUCUGCCACCGAUCUUGCUCCAUCUCAACGCCCAUACCACAUUGUAGAACACGCACACCUGUUUCAGACGCCAAAAGAUCCUCCAUGUUUGCCCGCGGCAGCGCCAAGGAGCGAAGCUCGCCCAGGAAGGUGACACCGCCGUCGCCUUCCUAUAUGUCGAGCGAACAAUUCGCGGCCUACCUUGCAGACCUUCGCAACAACCGCAUCGCCAGGCCUGCGGGCGCCCGUCCCCCGCCGGCUUCUAAACGUGAUGCUUCUGGCUUGACUACCAGCGGCGACCGGUCCUCCGUUGCAGGGCCUUCGUCAUCAGUAUCCUCCCUGCCUCAGAUUUCCUCCCACCAGCGAGCUCAGUCAGACGCCGGCAGCAUUCCGCCAGCCGCCAGCCGCCCGUCCCUCCCCCCCAGCAUAUCGUCUCACUCGCCUAUCGCCCGCGGAAAGGAUAACUACCGAGACCGUCCCGUGCAGCCCUUGAAGCCAUCAGAAGUUGUCCCUAGUGCGACCUACAUUGAGCGCGGCCAGAGAUGGAUGGAAAAGGAAGAGGCAUCAUCGUUACGCCGAGCCAUGGAGGCGAUGGAUCUGAAAGACCGGUCCCGGCGAGGCAAAGGGGGGGACGACGAGAGCGACGAAGAACGGCGAAUUUACAACGCGGCUCUGGAUGAGGCGGCGGAAUUGGUAUGGCGGCACCAGAAUCCGGGAAAGCUGCCGGAGCCUGGUGCGCCCUACAGAUACCGGCCACACCUGCGCAAGAACAGCUACGCCCAUGCCCGCGCCGCUAGUCUCGGGAGGUAUGGAGCCGACGUCGCGCCAACUGACCUUGCUCGGGAUCCUCUCUCGCGCUCUGUGUCCGGUAGUUCCACGGAGGCCGACAGCCCUGAGCCGGCUUCCGGCCGGGCCUCAUUUGCCUCUUCUCGCCAGCCACCCAAUACCGAACCUGGCAGUAACGCGGGGCAAGACGCUGCGGCACCAGCGGGUAGUGCUAAAUCGUUAGGCGACAUAUCCUCCAACGGACCCCGUCCCCUUCCAGGACGGCGCUCUAGAAGCAGGCAAAAAGGGAGCAUGAGCGGCGACUGCCAAGAGCCCUUCUCUGGCGACCAGAUCUGGGAAGAGCCAGAUAAAGAGACUUCGGAUCCGCCCCGGGCUCCCUCAUCCGACGACCUGGCCAAUCCGCUGCGGCCAAAGCCAAAGGAACCUCUGAACAGGCUUCAGUUCCCCCGCAGGGGAGCUGAUGGCUUGAAGAUGGCUGCUUCCCCUCCUUCUUCACCUGAGAAGGUGGUCUCGAAAUACGAGAUACACCGGAAUCCCCCGAGCCAGUCGCGGAAUCCUCACUACACAAUCAAUCCUCCUGCUCCAGCUCAAGCAGCGCAGCGUGAAGACGUGCCUCGCAAGCAUGGGAUGGAGAUCCGCAGCGAAGAAAUUAUACAGGCUACGAGUAUGAAACUUAAGGACCGCAGUCCCAAGCUCCCCACCCCUUCAGCGGUUAGCGAUAGUCCCGGUAGACCUAUCGUAAGCUUUGAUAAGAAUUGGAAGCCCCAAGAGGAGGCUACUGACGGAAAGUCAGAAAAGUCAACAACCGGGCGGGGGAGCCCCAACCACUCGGGGUGCCUCGUCCCGGGCGGGGUCCGCCAGCAGCAGUCGCAGAGGCAAGAGCAAACGAUCCCUGCUAUCUCUGCUAGGGGCGGUAGUGCGGCUUCGGCGGCGGCCACGUCGACAUCGCCGACGCGCCGCUCACAACCCCCUCCGCCUAGCAUUCAAGUAGAGGGACCACCCGUCCCCGCGAUUGCGGUCAGCGACCCUUCCUCGCCGUCCCCACCUGCCAUCGUAGUCGAGCCCGAGGGGGCCGGCUCUGGCGGCCCCAAUAUCCCCGUGAUUGUGGCCCCGGAUGAUGCUCCUGCAGACACGGCUGGUAGCUCCCGUCGCCCGCUUCCCACCCCGCAAUCCGGGGCUCCUCGCGUCCGGCAGGCCGCGCGACCUCGCGCACCCUGGCCUCCCGUUUCCCGGCCGGCUGGUAGCCGGGCGACUGCUCGCUGCCACGAGUGCGGAGACGUCAUCGAGGGGCGUUUCGUGUCGCUCGCCGGCAUGUCGGAGCGGUUCCACCCCCAGUGCUUCACCUGCUAUGCUUGUGGCACCUCGCUCGAGGCGCUCGAGAUCUCACCCGAACCCGACAACCACCGCGCCGCGCGCCUCGACCGUAUCGCCCGCCGUGCCGCUGGCGAGAUACUCCCGGAGGAGCCUGGCCAGACGAUGGCUGAGGACGGCGACGAGCGCCUCCGCUUCUACUGCCAUCUCGACUGGCACGAGCUGUUUGCCCCCCGAUGCAAGCACUGCAAGACGCCCAUCAUGGGCGAGCACGUGGUAGCCUUGGGUGCCCACUGGCACUUCGGCCACUUCUUCUGCGCCGAGUGCGGCGAACCGUUCGAAAAGGGCAUGACGCAUAUCGAAAAGGACGGCUAUGCGUGGUGCGUGUCCUGCCAGACGAAGCGCACCGAGAGGAGGGCGCCCAAGUGCCGCAAGUGUCGGACGGCCGUCAUCGGCCAGUACGUUCGUGCCCUGGGCGGCGAGUGGCACGAUGAGUGUUUCCGUUGUGCCACCUGCAACGGAAGCUUUGACGACGGCCAGAUCUUCCCCAUGGAAGGUCGUGGUGCCCCGGGCGAGACAGUGGUGCUCUGUACCAAGUGCAUGGAGAAGGAAUUGAAAGCAUAAGGAGCUGAUAUCGAUCGGCGGGUGAUAUCCGACGACGACUACGACGACGAUGACGACGAUGAUGAUGACGAUGAUUGCAUUGUUGAUGCAUCUUUUGGCUUUGCAUGCGGGCUUCAUAGAUGAUGGCUAUAGUUUGCUCAAAUGUAGUUUAUUGUGUCUGCGCCCUUUGGUCUACGCACAAUGAGAGCCCAUCUCGCUGGCGUUUCCAUACCAAGGCUUGUGCCCGCUGGACCGGCCGUGAGAGGAUUUCCAUCACUCAAGAGCCUACAA